AUUGGUUGAAAACAUCAGCUGAUGUUCUGUUCUUCCCUAUCCGAAUUCUUCAAUUUUUCUGAGCUCUAGUCUAGACGUAAUAGCUUUAUCGGAAUACGUGUAUGGUAUUAUCUUCCUUCAUUCUACACGGUCAUGUGUUGGAAUCUCCUAACAUUGACCCAUAUCAGUUGAAGUUUUUGCAAUUUAUGUCAAAUUUUUGUCAAGUGUUUGCCGUCUAGUUAACGCGAUUGAAACCGUACAGGAAAAAUUGCAACUGUCAUCAGAAUCUGUUCAUUUUUGAUUCUGCAACUCGGUACACUCUAAUUUUCAUCAGUUAACAUCAUUGAGGUUAGAAUCCACCCUCACAAAACUACAAGACCAACCUGUUGCACAAUUCUGCUACCCUGGUAGUCUAUCAGCCUGGUAGCUUCAACAGCCAGUCUUUAUGGAAGCAUCGGAUUGCUGCUGCUUUCUGUUGAAUUUUAUAGUGAAUUUUAAACUUUCAAGAGGCAAACGGACUAGUUUUCCUGGACAUCCACUGCUGAACAAUGGCCUCGCGCAAGCGCAGUAGAAUUGACGAGGAGGUUAGAACUGCUACCAGGAGUAACGAGGAGACGAGAACUGUUACCAGGAGGAACGAGGAGGUUAGAAUUCGUGCCAGGAGGAACGAGGAGGUUGAUAUUGGUUCUAGAAGUAAAACUAACGAGGAACUUAAAACUGCAAGUAUUGAGGAGGUUGGAACAGCUACCAGGAGCAACGAGGAGGUUGGAACUGCUACCAGGAGUAACGGUUCCAGUUUGACUGUUACUGCAGCUUCCAGGAGUAACGGUUUCAGUGCUGUAGAUAACAACAACUGUAUUGGAGCUACUAUUUGUGAGAAGAGUGAUAGUGUAAUGGCGCUUGGAGGCUGUGGGCAAUCAGGAUCAACUAUGUCUAUCUCAAAGGCAGCGCCGUUCAGUGAUGAAAUCGACGCAAUCAGAGAAAGAGAGAUGUGCGACUAUAAAAUUAGAAUCUCAUACAAGACUGCUAAAUCUGGCCUUUCCUCGAGACGUAUCAGAGUGUAUGCGGAUGGAAUCUACGAUCUAUUCCACCAAGGCCAUGCCCGACAGUUACUACAAGCCAAAAAUGUAUUUCCUAAUGUCUACCUUAUUGUUGGGGUAUGCAGCGAUGCACUCACUCACAGUCGGAAGGGACGCACAGUUAUGACUGAAGAUGAAAGGUAUGAAGCAGUAAGACAUUGUCGAUAUGUUGACGAGGUAGUGAGAGAUGCACCCUGGGAACUGGACGAUGAGUUUCUAGAAAAGAACAAGAUAGACUUUGUGGCGCACGACGAGAUCCCCUACAUGACGGAUGGCUGCAACGACAUCUACGCGUUCCUGAAGAAGAAGGGGAUGUUCGUGGCGACGGAACGCACCGAGGGUGUGUCCACCUCAGACGUGGUCGCUCGCAUUGUGCGUGAUUACGACAUCUACGUCAGACGCAACCUCGCUAGAGGCUACUCGGCCAAGGAGCUCAACGUCUCAUUCCUCAAUGAGAAGAAAUUCCGUCUGCAAAACAAAAUGGAGGAGCUAAAAGACAAGAGCAAGAGAGUGAUGGAGAACUUCGGCGAGAAGAAGAUAGACAUGCUGCAGAAGUGGGAGGAGAAGUCACGUGAUUUCAUCGACGCGUUUCUGCUGCUGUUCGGUCGAGAGGGCAGGCUGGUCAGUUUCGGAUUUGGUCUCAACAAAAUAUGCAAAUCGCACAUGUGGAGCGAAGGCAAGGGUCGUAUAAUGCAGGCAUUCUCCCCGCCUUCCAGUCCGGGGCGAGAGAGAGACAGCAGUCCUGCAUCCAGUACACACGAGAAUGAGGAUGAUGAAGCUAUCAGUCCACCGCCCUGCAAAGCCGGUCGUUACGAGCUGCGGAAAUCGUCCAGUCUACCAGACACGUCAGCAGCCGUCACUGCGUUACGCCGUCACGAGUCACGUCACCACUCGGCGUCACGUAACGUUACCAAGUCACGUGCCGACUACAGCGAUGACGAUGACGAUGAUGAUGAUAGGACGUCACUGUAGGUGGACUCCGAACGCCCCACACUUCAAACUGUCAUCAAUGCUUCAGCAUUCCUUGUAAAUAACAUCAAUUAUUCAAUGAUGAUGAAACUGAAAAUGAAAAUAAUCAUUAUUAGGCGGAGUUAGGACUUUGAAGUACUCUCUACCACUCAACCUCGAAAUGAUGAUGACAGUUUGAAGUGAUUAUCAUACUAAAUAAACUUUUGGUGUCCGGGCGAAAUUGUAUUAAAGCUACGCUGAUUCACACAACACUAAACUUGAAGAUAAUUUGUUGGUUUCUUAAAUUUUCUUAUGAUAAAUUUUGAAUUGAUUUUGUUUUGGUACAGUACUAAUAUUAGAACACAGUUUGAAAAGUAUGAUGAUUUUUGUAUUAAAGCUGAGCUAGAUUUACAUAAUACAAACUUUUUGGUGAAUUAAUGUUUGUUGAGUUGAUGAAUUGAAUAGAUUUUGGUGCAUAUUAGAACACAGUUUGAAAAGUGUGUUGUAUUAAAGCUGGGCUUGAUGUACACAACACAAACUUUUGGUUGAGUUAAUGUUUGUUGGUAAGGUUAAAUUUUCGGGUGAAUUGAUGUUUGUUAGUUCUUCAAAAAUGUUUGAUUCUUUUAAUGAAAAUUCGUCAAUUCAUUAAUAGGUCAAAUUUGAUGUUAAAUCAUACAUUGGAAGAUUGAACGAUUUGAACUACCAAAUUUAUAAUAUUGAAUCGCAUUGGAAGUUUGAACGAUUUGAACUACCAAUUUUACAGCGCACUGUUCGAAAAUGAUGAUAAUGAUUCUAUUAAAGCUUAGAUUGAUUCACACAAGAUUUUUUGUUUAAAUUGUUGGGUUUUUCAAAAAUUUUCAAUUUUUUAUGUUUCUGUGUUGAAACUUGGUCAAUGUAUUCAUAUAUUCAUUCAUAAUUUAUCGAUUGAAACUGAAUAAUUUUAUGGAAAAUGUAACGCACUGUUUGAAAAUGAUAUUAAUUUUUGUGUCAGAGCUAGGCUAAAUCUUCACAACACGCAACUCUUGAUUGCCGUACAUUUAUUAUUAGGUUAUGUAAUUACAAAUUCUUUUCCAGUGCAGCACUGUUGCAAAAACAUUGCACUUUCUAUUGGAUUCCUUAUUAAUUGUUGAUUUUAAAAAGUUUUCAUAUUCAAUGUUGAUUUUGUGUAGGAUAUUGAGUGAGCUAUUAUUGAUAAUGAUGUUGUGCACUUUUUGAAAGAUGAUGACUUAUGUGUUAGAAAAGGCUUAUCACCAAUCUUUUGCUUGAAUUCUAAGUUUCAGAUUUCAUGUAAAUGAUUUCUUGAUUGAUUUUUGUGGUAAAAUCACAUCACAUCAUCCGUUUGAAGUUUCAUGUUGAUUGAGUGUUGAAUUCAUUGAAUAUCCGAGGGCACUGUAUGGAAAAUGAUAGUUUUGUAUGGAUUCAAACGUUUAUUUUUCAAAUUUUUAUUGAAAUUUUAAUGUAAGAUUGAGUAUGAAUUAAAUUGAAUUUCAAGUUGAUCGAAAUUUUGGCUGAUUCUAAUGAUAGUAGCGGCUGUUCAUAAUAAUAAUUUUUGUUUUGAAGGCAGCUCAACUAAUAUUUUAAUGAGAAUCUGUAUUGAGUAUUGAAUAUUUGAUUCUUCAACUAGUCUAGCGUUCAAAGUCCACACAUAAAUAUAAUAUUGUCUAAUAUGAUAGCAAGCUGAACCACUCCAUCUAUCAUUAACUAUUAUAAUUAUUUGGGUAUUUAUUCUAAUUAUUUUCCCCUCGUGGAAUCUAUAUUUAUUUCAUAACAUUACGCUAGGUUCCUUAUUUAUUUGAAACCUGAUUUUGCUUAUAUAUUAUUCAAGAUUCGUUAAAUUUUAAUAACUGGAUUAUUUGAAAUUAUUAUUGUGGAAUUUUGAUUAUGUGUUUUCAUUGCUGUCUAUUUGAUUGCAUUAUUUCUAAAAAAAAUUGAAAAUUUUCAAACAUUUCCAUAGCUGCGUUUACAUCAAAGUUAUUAACAAAAUGUUUAUAUUACCGUCCAUAUAGAUUCUAUUAGAUUAAACGGAGCUUGACAAACACAUAUGCACAUCAUGUUUACGAUAAGUUAUGUUCAAUCUAAUAGAAUCUAUAAGGACGGAAAAUAAACAUUUUUUUAAUUACUUUGGUGAAACACAAAUUUGUCCGAUUGUUACAAUGAUACAUUUUUCAAUGUAUCCAAUGCUUUGUUGGUGACCGUAUUAAUUUGGUAGGGUCUAAUCCUAAUACAGUAGUAUAUUAAUUUUUUUCUAUUUGAAUUCGGCGACAGUCUGAUGGAUGAUAUUAAGAUAAUUUUUGUUAUUUUAAUAUUAUUCUAAUACUAUUAUUAUUUCAAAGAUAAUCUGCUACUAACCUUUUUGAACAGUCAAUACAUUUUGAGAAGUUCCUAAUAUCUAGUAUGUUACACUGAGGAUUCCGUAUGUAAUUAGUAUUUUAUCCUGUAUGCUGUUUGUUAUUUAUUUUGUUGCAUUGCUUGUUAGUGAAUUAACUUUAUUGUAUAGAGGUGAAUGUUUUUGAGCACAACAUUUUUAAAGGAAUCUGAUUUUGAAUUCCUCAACUUUUUAAAUUCGUUUUAAAAUUUGUCGAUUUUUUAUUGUGUGAAUAAUUAAUAUUGAAAGUGAUAGGCUCAAAGUGAAUGCGAUUUGAAGAUAUUUGAUUCCAUUAUUUUACAAAAAAGUUGUAAAUUUUUAAAGUUGACUAAAUUUUAGUUGGUUGCCGGUUGCCACUUUUAAUCAUGAUGAAGCUUGAGCUUUAAUACAAAUUGAAUUUUUUGAUUGAGGAUUAAUUCAAAUAUUACUGAAUUUGUCAAUUUCAUGAUGUGAAUUAUAUUAUAGAAGCCAAUUACACCACUAUAAUGUCUCAGUUGUUUAUUUAUUAUUAUUUAUUUGUAAUUUUAGUAGAUCACUGUAAUCGCGUACAUUUUAGCAAUUUUGUUGCAGUACCAAUAAAUUUUUAAGCUGCGUUUACUCCAAAGUUAUUAACAAAAUGCUAAUAACUUAAUCCUUAUAGAUUCUAUUAGAUUGAACGGAACAUGACAUCGUGUGUAUGAUAAGUUAUGUACAAUCUAUAAGGAUUAAGUUAUUAACAUUUUGUUAAUAAUUUUGGUGUAGACGCAGCUUUAUUGUAUGAGAAAUUUAAUUACUAUAUUUAUUUUGUUAACAUAAUUUACAGUAUUAUUUAAAAUGUAUGUGUCAAUGAUAAAUACUGGAAUUAUACACACAAUUUUGUAGCUAUGUUUGAUGAAAGAUAACAAUAUUUAUUGAGAAUUAAUAUUAGUGUACUGAGAUUCAUUUUAAACUGUCAGCAUUCCUUUAAUAAUAACAUCAAUCCUUCCCAUUUAAACAAUACUGACAGAUGUAAGGGAAUCUCAAAGCAAUAAUUUUGAAAUCUACCAAUAUACGUUCAGAAUAUUGUGAAUGAUAAUUAAUUAGAAAAUUAUGGAGUAAAUUUAUGAAAACCAGGAUAAAUAAUUAUUGGAAAGACUUAUAGAUAUGCUAGCACGCAUGGAGUAUAUAUUUUUGUAAAUUAUUGUGGUAAUAUUACUAAGGAUAUGCUGUGAGAAAUCCCUACCAUUUAAACAAAGUAAGAAAUAUUUCAUUUAUUAUAGCUUUGUAUUUAUGUUCAAAUUGAUGGACGAUAAUGCUAUUUCAAAGAUUCCUGUAUCUUUUAAACUAAUGAAAUUGAAAUAUUAUGAAAAAAAUGUAAUUAGAAAACCUUUCAUAUUACAGCUGUAGCUCAAAAUAAAUACUGCAAGUUUAUAAAAUACUUUACAAGUUAAUAAAUUAUUCUAAAAUAUAUAAAACUAGAUGAUAGUCAGUAUGUGUUAGAAUUGCAAUCGUAUUUAUGUAUUUUAAUUGUAAUUAUGUAUCAAUGUAUACAUGAAUAUUAUUUAUGUAUUGGAAAAAAUUGCUUGAAAUUUGUUGCGGAGGUGCUGAGAAUUACUAGGAUAAUUUAAUGGAAUUAUUGAAAAGAAAACAUGUUUCCUGGAAUUAAAUAAUUUUUUCCGAU